AUGGCAACCGAGAUUGCGGACUCUCAUGAAGAUCGAUUAGAAGAGGAAACUAAAAAGUUGAACAAGUCGUUUAAGAUUGCCGCCGUCAUUUGUGUAUCAUUGACGUUAUGUUUGGUGAUUUUGUGGCCCAUGCCAAUGUAUGGCUCCUCGUACAUUUUCUCCAAAAAGUUCUUUACGGGAUGGGUUUCGGUGUUGUUCAUUUGGAUUUUUUUCAGUGCUUUCAUGGUUAUUGUGUAUCCCAUCUGGGAAGGUAGGGAUGCAAUUGCCAUCACUUUCAGAGGUAUCUACUGGGAUUUAACUGGUCAAGGGUACAAGGUGAAGCAAUGGCAAGAGUCCCACCCCGAGAAAUUGCAUGCGAUUCAAUCUCAAGUCUCUGCAAGGUUGUUGGCCAUUAGCCAAAGCAAUGGAGUUGUGGAAGGUAAAACACUCCAGAUGGUAUCUACACCCCAAGACAUAUCGAUGAGGAAUUGGAGAAAAGGAGUAAUUUAUGGUAGAUGA